AUGGCAGUUGUGCGUGCCAUCCGCAAUCUGGGCUUGGUGGUGGCUGAAAGGAAAACAGAAGCCAUCUUCUUUCACAAUAAAGGAAGGAAGCCACCCCAAGCCCAGGUGCGGGUGGGUGCAGUCAGGGUCCUGUUGGAGGCCCAGAUGAAUUAUCUGGACCUCAGAUUGGACGGCACCUGGUGCUUCAGGGAACACAUUAUGCUCAACGUCGGGGGACCAGAUGGGAAGGAUCGUCGCCUCCACGCAGGAGUGUUGAACUCCGUGGCGCUCUAUGGAGCGCCAGUUUGGGCGGAGGCCCUGGCCGCCAGUCGUCCGCUGCAAGCGCAGAUGCGCAGAGUGCAGAGGGUGCUGGCGGCCAGGGUAGCGCGGUGCUACAGCACUGUAUCCUGCGUGGCGGCGACGGUCCUGGCGAGCAUGUCCCCCCUGGAGCUCAUGGCCCUGUCAUACAAAUACAUGUAUAACAAGAAGCGUGGGCUCAUUUGUACGGGGGGGGGCGGAGAACCGCUCGCCAGGGCUAUAUGUGGAAUGAAGCACCAGGCUCGGCAGGUCCUCCUCCAGAGGUGGCAAAGACUCCUGGCCAACGCCAGGACUGCCCCGCCUGGAGUGCUGAGCCAUGGUGAGAUCGCAUCACCCUAA